GACAUCGUUAAUGUAUGCMAGUUUGCUUGGCCAUGAAAAAAGUGUUGAUCUCUUGCUAAAGAGAGGAGCCAACUCAAAACUGCAAGACAAUAAUGGACAUACAGGAACACCACUGAAAAAAUCCAAAGUUAGUUCUGUGUAUGACUGUCUCAGUGCUUGCUCUUCCAACGCACCAUGUGUUUCUAUCAAUGUGAACACAACAAGAGUUGGCGAAGGUCUGUUUGAAUGUGUGCUGUUGGAUUUUGACAAGUACCAAAAUGAAGGAAACUUUUCCGCAGUGAAGGGAAUCGAUCAUUAUACAUUACCGUCAAAGUGCGAGGAAAAACCCUGCAAACAUAAUGGCAAGUGCAUUCCGGUAUUUGUCACCAUGGAAACCUACCAGUGCAAAUGCGUUCCAGGAACCACGGGAAAAAACUGUGAAAUAGAAGAUUUCAGCAGCUGUGCUCAGCGAUAUGCCGCUGGCCAGAAGGACAGUGAUGUCUAUGAAAUCAAGUCUCCUGACAGUACAAGACUUAAAGUGUACUGUAACUAUGACAACUCAACAGGUUGGACAAUGGUAUUUAAGUCUGUCAGUGGAGUUGCGCAAUCGCCGGGGCCAUCCGAGCUGUGGAAUUCAACUUCCUUGCUUGAAAUACCAUCAGCUUUGUCCUUCCUGAACGGCCGAGCUCAUUAUAAAAACCGACUAGUGGAGCAGUGGGAAGCUUUCAAACCAAACAAGAUUCGACUGUCCAUAUACAAGAAUUCAAAAGAAGUUGUGAAAGUGGUUUUCAACGGCACAGAAUCAAACAAAACGAACUGGUUUAACGAUAGUCGUGUGCUUUCAAGUCCAUGGACAGAUCUAAUUUUGUCUUCAGUACCGAAAAACGUCUUCUCUAUUCCCGGUGACAGACCUAGUUAUAUCCGCAGUUUCAUGAUGAAUAGUGGCUACGGUGGUUGCGAGAACGACAAUGGAUGGAUAGUGAUGGUUGAAAAGAAAGGAGGUUGUGACUGGGAGAAUUUGGCUGAAUUUGCGAUGGUCUACUCUCUCUUAUCUACACGUGCAACUUACCAUGUAACAGCGGAAGACUAUGCCAGGAUCAUAGGAUACAAAAACAUCAUCGACUUAAUACGGAACGCUCCCACAGUAGCUACGUGGGACGCAGGUGAAGGCAAUGAYGAUGAUGAUGAYGAAAAAGAAGAAGCUGAAAUACCAAAUGGGGAAUUAGUGUCCGUGUUUAAGCUUCAUGRGGAUUCUGACGAUGAAUUGAUACCUUCUUCCAAGUGCAGCACAUCACCUACACAUACAAGUCCUGUGAAUGGAGAACGGUCAUCGCUAGCUCAGGAUUCGUUUUCUUCAAAAGAUUCUUCAUUCAUGAUGCAAAGAGAUUUAUCAAACGAYAUCAAGGAGCUCGAAGAGGAAAAUGAGAUGCUGAAUCAAGAACUUUCCAAAUUAAGAAUUCAACACCAAAAAACAAUAGAAAGAUUACGCAUUGCUGAAGAAGAGUUGAGCGGACUUAAGAAGAAUCCUGUGUCGUCAAAUGUAAUUCACGUUAACGGAUUAAUAGAAAACGAUGAUGAUAUGGAGAUAAAAGACAGACGAAUUGAGGAAUUACAAAAUCAAGUGUCAAAACUUCAAGCAGAACUCAUCAAUGAGACCAAAGCAAAGCAAACUGUCGAGAAAGAAGCAGAAUCGCUGAGUAUUCAACUUGCCUCYUAUCAGGUAUUAGACUUACAUUAAAAUGAUUGUAAGAAUAUAAGCGCUAUUAAAAAAACGUAAUGAAUCAGAGUGAAUACUGUUAUACUGCAUAGCRUAUUCCAAGGCCGAAAUGCAUUGUUGCUGUUGGAUUCCACCUGAUUCACAGAACAAAGGAAAAUUGCUUUCCAUCRAAAGUACAAAGCUGGCAUAGUCACUAUAUAAGAUUAAAAUCGCCUUUUGGAGCGAUAAUGCAACGACCCGCAAUGCCUUUCGUUGUUGGAAUGCUAUACCUUCAGCACUCAAUGUUGUUUUAUAAAGAUAACGAAUUCUCAAGUAUAUUUUGUUUUAGCUGCAAAGCGAUAAAGAUGAUAUCAGUACAGAUGAACAAGACGACUUAGACCUCCCCGGAUUUGAUGGGAUUGAUAGCUCGAAAACCAAASCGUCGAAUAAAGAAGACUUUACCGAGAAUAAGUCAAUAAGUGAUGAAAUCAUUAAACU